UUUUUUUCGUAAUAAUAUAACGGGAUAUCAGAAUAGGAAAGACGUACAAGAAGAUGUAUCCAUUAAUUUUGAUAUUAAUUUUGGUUUUUGAUCCUCUAACGACGCUGGCAUGCCCCAUCAUGUACCCCUCGAUACCACCCUACCAUGUACACCAAGGUCGAAUGCAACCUGAACCAGUUCAACAAAUGCGACAACCGUGCCAACAACAAUUGAUGUGUCAACAACAACAACAAUUGCGGUCACAACAACAACAAUUGCGGCCACAACAACAACAAUUGCGGCCACACCAAUCAGGAUCUGGCCAAAAUUCCAACGACCUCCUAUCAACAUUGUUAAAGGUACCUUCCGACCUGGCUACUAAUUUACUGGGCGGAUCGGUUAAUUUGUAACAUUUUGUAACAUAUACUUUGAAAAUAAACACUUAAAAUAUUA